AUGAAUGUUGAAGGUAUUGAAGAGUUUUUAACUGAAUUUAAACGUGAAACAUAUGGUGAUCGUGAUGUUGUUACUGUCGGUGAAGCAAAUGGUGUUGGUGCUGAUCAAGCUGUUGAUUGGGUUGAUGAAGAGAAAGGAAAAUUUAAUAUGAUCUUUCAAUUCGAAGCAACAAAUUUAUGGGAAAAAACAUUGGGUUCACUUGACGUUUUGGCCUUUAAACGUAUAAUGACUAGAUGGCAAAAAAGUUUAGAAAAGAUUGGUUGGAACGCAGUAUUUCUUGAAAAUCAUGAUAAGCCACGUAUUGUAUCAACAUGGGGUAAUGAUAAAGAAUAUUGGAGGGAUUGUGCUACUUCAUUUGCAACUGUUUAUAUGCUCAUGAUGGGAACACCAUUUAUCUAUCAAGGUCAAGAAAUUGGUAUGACAAAUGUACGUUUUCCAUCUAUUACUGAUUAUCCUGAUGUAGCUGCAAGAAAUUUUUAUAAUCUUGAAUUAGCUAAAGGUAUUGAUCAUAAUGAACUUAUGCAGAUAAUUUAUAUAACUGGUCGUGAUAAUGCUCGUACACCAAUGCAAUGGGAUGUUUCAUUAAAUGCUGGUUUUAGUGAAGCACAACAAGCAUGGAUUGGUGUUAAUCCAAACUAUGUACGUAUUAAUGUAGGACAACAAGAAAAAGAUGAAAAUUCUGUAUUAAAUUAUUAUAAACGUCUUAUACGUUUAAGAAAAGAAAAUGAUAUCUUUAUAUAUGGAAUAUAUGAUUUAAUAUUAUCAAAUCAUAAACAAAUCUUUGGUUAUACACGUACAUCAGAUACUAAACGAGCCUUUGUUUUAACAAAUUUAACAGAUCGUGUAGCACAAUUUACUUUAUAUCAAGGUUUAUCAUCAUCACAACUUGUUUUAACAAAUUCACUUGAACCCAUACCUGAACAUAAGGAAGAAAAAUCAUUUAAAUUUCAUCCAUAUGAAAUUCGUGUAUAUAUAAUCGAUCAUAAAAAGAAAGAGCCACAUCGUCAUCAAAAAAAGAAACAUGCUAUUGAUCAAUCUGAAAAUAUACAAUCAACAUUGUCAAUUGGAACACAAGAAAAAGAUGAUACGAGUCAAUCAUUAACAAAACAGCAAAAAGCUGCUUUACAAAAACUUGAACAAAUGUCUCAUAAUCCAUUAUAUCAAUCAGAACAAAGUGAAAAAGAUAUUAUAUCUGCAUUAGCAGAGGCAACAACAAAAGCAUCAUCUGAAAUAGAAACAUCAAAACAACAAACAAGAAAUAAACCAACUUCAGUAGAAAUUGAUCAAGAAAACGUCGUACCAGCAGAUAGUUCAGAAAUUGAUCUGGAUAAUGAACCAAUACAUAAGAAACGAGAACGACAACGAUCACUUGUACUUAAUCUUGAAAAUUUAAUACCUGUUGUACAAGAUGAUCCAAGUUCUUCUGAUCAACGUCGUCGAUCAUUUUCUACUGCAAUAUCUCAAGUAUCAACAAAACCAAGUUUUAAAGGUCGUCAUGCUGAUAGCUCGGAUGAAGAGGAUGAUGAUGAAAAAACAACAACAUCAACAAAUGAAAUCGAAGAUGAAUCAACUGAUCUAAGUGGAAAAGAUAUUGAUUAUUCUGUUUUAUAUGAUGAUACAGUUGAAGAUUUUAGUUAUACAAGCGCACGUGAACAAGCUCAAAAACGAAUUUUACGUGAUCAACAAGAAGUAAUGUUACAACAAGCCAACGAACAAGAAUAA